AUGAUGCACUCCGUACUGUUGCCAUUUUCUUUGUGUUGUCUAGCGAUGAGUUCAUCAGCAAAGGCAAUUAUACCUGCUACUGGCUGCGGCAACCCACCACCAUCCGAGGGUGAAAUUGCUAGAGCCCAGGCAAUGUACGUAAAGGAGAGAACAACGACGUUAGAUGUACGAAGCACAGAUCUCGUCACCAUACCGACUUGGUUUCAUGUGGUUUACGUCAAUGAGACUGAAGAAGGGGGCUAUAUACCUAGAAACCAACUCGACGCCCAGAUUACGGUGCUCAACGAUGCUUGGGAACCACAUGGGUUCUCCUUUAACUUGGUCAACGCGACCUAUACGCAGAAUGCGACUUGGUCGAACUCGAACCUUGAUGGCUGGCCUAACAUGAAGAGAGCUUUGCGCCAAGGUGGCUACGGCACUUUGAAUCUCUAUACCACUCUACUUACAGAAGGAUCCGGACUUUUAGGUGUACGUUACUUACCAACUGGAAAAUAUCUGGGCAGUUUGCAAUCCAGAUGGAAGCAGCACAAUGACGGCGUGGUUAUACAAGCCAAUACUCUUCCAGGCGGUAUUGGUCCACAUUUUGAGACAGAUCCAGAAAGGUACACCACGGGCCGUCUUGCUUGUCAUGAAGUAGGCCACUGGUUUGGUUUAUUCCAUACGUAUCAUGGUACUUAUCCCUACACUUGCCAGAAUGGAGACAAUGACUUUGUCGAUGACACACCUGUGCAUCUGCUUGUAUUGACCAGUAAUGGACCAGAUCUAGACUGCCCAGCAGGCAGAGAUACCUGUCCUGAUCUUCCAGGUGUAGACCCUACAGAUAAUUAUAUGAGCAAUCAGUGGCAGUCAUGCUGGACUGAAUUCACGGCGGGUCAAGGGCUGCGGUCUAGAAGUUUAUGGACGGCACAGCGCGCUGGGCGA